GUUUCUCCCAAUUGCAUGUAUUCCUCGAAAAGGACCAAAACUAGGAAUACAUUGCCCUCUUUUAUCCUAAAUCUUCAUGACUCUUUGUUGAAUUUUGCAUUUUAUAUGCGUAUAUCAAGAAGAUUGGGGACGAUGCCGGAAAUAGAAUUUGGUAUGCACACGGUGAGAUCUCAUGGGGCUAAGGUGGCCAAAAAACACAAAUGUGACUGGUUGAUUUUACUUGUGCUUGUGGCAAUGGAUGGAUUCUUAAACUACAUUCAACCUUUCAAUCGUUAUACUAACUCAAAAAUGUUGGAAGAUCUCAAAUUUCCUUUCAAGGAACACGACACCAUCCCAAUGUGGGCCGUUCCUAUAUUUGCAAUAAUUCUACCAUGCACAGUGUUUCUCAUUUACUAUCACUACAGGAGGGAUGUAUAUGAUUUGCAUCAUGCCAUAUUGGGCAUCCUGUAUUCUGUUCUAGUGACUGCAGUAAUCACCGAUAGCAUCAAAGAUGCUGUUGGUCGUCCACGCCCAAAUUUCUUCUAUAGAUGCUUCCCGGAUGGAAUCGAGGCCUUUCAACCUAAUGGGGAUGUUAAUUGUCAUGGAGACCCUAAAGUUGUGAAAGAAGGAUAUAAAAGCUUUCCCAGUGGACAUACCUCAUGGUCAUUUGCUGGCCUUGCUUUCCUCUCAUGGUACUUGUGUGGAAAAGUGAAGGCUUUUGACAGAAGAGGCCAUGCUGCAAAACUCUGUAUUGUUCUGCUUCCUUUACUCUUUGCUGCAUUAGUCGGAAUUUCUCGAAUUGAUGACUAUUGGCAUCACUGGACAGAUGUAUUCACUGGAUCCAUUAUAGGAAGCGUGGUUGCCUCUUUAUGCUACCUACUUUUCUUUCCAUUCCCUCAUGAUAUCAAUGGGUGGGCACCUCAUGCAUCUAUCAAAAUGAGAGAAAAUAUUGAAUUGCACUCUACAUCAAUAGGAAUUGACACCGUGUAAUGCAAUGAGAGUACAAGAGGCAACCCUCAUUAUCCAGACAUGAACAGUGCAAGAUGUUGAUGGCGAUGGAAGGAGAUACUGAAUUCAGAUCUCCAAAGCCUCAUCGAAAGAGAAAAUACAUCAUCUAAACCUUUGUACUCUUCUUUUUGUUUAGUCUGGCUUAUGUUGGCUCAGUCUGAAGUCAUAUCUAUAUAUCAAAAGAGUUGUACAAUAUGGAGAGGACAAUGUUCAUUACCUCCUCAUUUUCUAUGGGGACAAAGAAAAGGUUCAAACUCUUACAAAACAGUCUUGUUGUACAUUUGUAUCUACAUCUAAAUAAGAUGAAAGAGAUUACUCCUAUUGUUGGGUUCCAAAGAACUAGGGCGUCAUGUUGAAGCUUACAAUUGCAAA